AUGGCAUCAUUCCAUUUGAUCCUCGUCUCUCUCAUUGCCUUGAUGGCUUUCCCCAUCUGCCAUUCUGAAGUAACAGAAGACUCUAUGAUGGCCGAAUCCACCACACUUGAUGCUGGUGACAUGGCCACCGAGAUUGUCACUGAGAUUGUAACCGUCUUAGAUGAUGAUUCCACGGCGAUGACCACUGCAGCAUCUGGUGACUCGACAACCGUAGCCGUCAUUGAUGGGUCAACUGCUGCUGCUACUACAGCCUCAAGUGGCUUGACCACCGAAGCAUCCGCAAGCGAUCUUGAAGCUUAUGCUUUGACCGUCACCUCUCCAACUGAUCUGAUCUUCGAUAUUGGAGUAGACAACAUCGUCACCUACUCGAUCGAUCUCCGUAAUGCUGGUGGUACUGACAUCGCUUCUUCUGCCUCCGGUAACAACUUCGCUCUCUCCUUCCUGAUCAGCAGCCACGCCGACCCAUCUGAUGUAGAUGCUUCCACGUUGAUGUUUGAUGCCGAGACAUCCAACUCCGACAACUUGGAUGCUGGUAUCACCGCUGGCUCUACCAUUACUGUUAGUACCGCAUCUGCUAUGAUCAACAUCCCCAGCGACGACUGCGAGACGUACCAGUACACUUGUGUCGAGGUUUCCAAAGUAGACACGGCUGUCUUCACUGACUCAGUUAGUACCAACAACUACGUAUGUCUUGGAUUCGGUGAUGUUGCGGAGGGUCUUGCUGGCAUCAAAACUUGCUCAGGUUGUGCACUACAAGUUAGCAUUGUUCUUCUACUGGCUGCAUCCGUUGUCUCAAAGCUUCUCUCAUAGGAAAUCUCUUUUAAGAACUCAAUAAAACUAAUAAAAUGCUCUUAAUGAGCCAAGUUGCCGUACAGAUUCUGGGCCGAGAUGAUCAAGAAUGUAACAAUAAUUAGUAUGAAAUAACUGCACGUUUUGCUUCACUGGUUAUGUUAUAUCUUACUGAGCUUUAUCAUCGAGUCGAUCGCAAUGACCCAAAUUUGUCUUUAGAAAAAAAGAAACACUGACCCACAAUGUUGUUAUUGGGUAUGUAACAUGUAUGUUUUUUAAAUGAAUUGUUGGUUAUGAAGGGCAGGCCGCAUGAAUCCAGA